CUCCUCUCUCAUCGUAAAUCUACUUCUCUCUCUCUCUCUCUCUCUCUCUCUCUCUCUCCAUCUCCGAUCAGCGUCUCCCGCCGCCGGCAUUGCAUUCAAAUCUCGGCCACCGCCGCCGCCGCCGCCGGUGGUGAAACCGAAGCUGCUCCAGGCGGCGACAUCCGCCUCCCUCUCGCAACUCCUCGCGGCACCCGUCAAGUUCGAGGCGAUGGUGAUUAUCGCGGUGGCGGUUUUGCUGGGGAUUUUAGGCGCUCUUCUGCUGCUUCUUCCUCGGAACCGCAAGUCCGGCCAUUUGGAAAAGGUUCAGUCCAAUUCCAGCGCUCAGGGAUGCAAAUCUUACACCAAAGUGGAUGUUGCUCUGCACAACAAACGAACUGAUUGUUGGAUAAUCAUUAAAGACAAGGUGUAUGAUGUUACCUCUUAUGUGGAGGAACACCCAGGUGGUGAUGCCAUUUUGACUCAUGCAGGGGAUGAUUCUACAGAAGGAUUUUUUGGGCCACAGCAUGCGACCCGAGUUUUUGACAUGAUUGAAGACUUUUAUAUUGGGGAUCUCAAGCAAUGACCGCUCAUGGAAUUCGGUUGCAAGAUCAUCUGGUCAGGAUGCAUUUCGGACAUUGCAUCAUUUACUUUUAGGUGGUGCUGCUUGUGUAAUGUUGCUUGAGCAUCUCAUUCUCGUUCUCUCAGGAUACCUCCCAAGAGACAAAAGGCGCUAGUCAAAAUUUUCAAAUCUCAACUUAUUUCCUCUCUUUAGCAAUGAGGGGACACCACCUCUGUCAAAUGCAUUUUUCAACGGACUGGUUGACUGAUGACUGACGUUGGGCCGAUCCCAAAUUUACAAAUUUCGAAAGUGGUCGCUCGCGAAAGAGCAAGCGACUUGAUCGGACCACAUUUAGUAUUUCAAAUGCACUUUUUGAUGACCUUCUUUGUUAAUUCAUAAUCGAAGAUAAUUUGCUUUUCUUCA